UUUUGAUUCGAGAAAGAACAUUACUCUAGAAAUUAAAAAAAUCUUUUUCUCGUCACUAGUUUCUAUCUCUAUAGAAAACAAACAAAUUAGGUGGUGGAGCCAAGGACGUAGAGUUAGUGGGUGCAUAUAUAAAUACUGAAAUGGGCAGAGAGAAAACAUAACACAACAUAACGCAAAGCCAAAACAGAGGAACACUUAGGUUUCAUAAGAUAAAGAGACCUAAAGAGAUCUAAGACAGUACUUCUCUUUUUAGCUUAAGGAGAAAAAUAAAAAACAAAGGAUGAGUUUGUGGGGAGUGAUGGGAGCAGGAUGGGGAAUAGUAGAAGAAGGUUGGAGAAAAGGGCCUUGGACUGCCGAAGAAGACCGUCUUUUGAUCGAUUAUGUGCGGCUUCACGGUGAAGGCCGAUGGAACUCUGUUGCAAGGCUCGCAGGGUUGAAGAGAAAUGGCAAAAGCUGUAGGUUAAGAUGGGUUAAUUACUUGAGACCAGACCUGAAGAGAGGACAAAUCACUCCUCAUGAAGAAACAAUUAUCCUUGAGUUACAUGCUAAGUGGGGCAACAGGUGGUCAACAAUCGCUCGUAGUUUACCGGGAAGAACAGACAACGAGAUCAAGAACUAUUGGAGAACCCAUUUCAAGAAGAAGACAAAAUCUCCAACUAACAAUGCGGAGAAGACGAAAAACAGAAUCUUGAAGAGGCAACAGUUUCAGCAGCAAAGACAGAUGGAGUAUCAGCAAGAACAACAGUUGCUUCAAUUAAACCAAAUCGACAUGAAAAAGAUCAUGUCUUUACUAGAAGAUGAAAACAACCACAACAAUGGUGAUAGUAACUUCAGUACUAGUAGUAGCGGUAGUAGUGGUGAAGGCGGUGCGUUCUAUGUUCCUCAUCCGAUCACACAUUCAUCAACAAGCUCUGGUUAUGAAUCAAAUGGUAAUGGGGUUUUCCCAGUGGUUCCAGUGCCAUUGCCUGAGGCUAAUGUACAUGAAGAAUACGGGAUUUGGGAUGGUUUGUGGAAUCUGGAUUUGGAAGGACAAGGAAGCUUUAAUGAUGGUGCUUGCGUCCCAAGGAAACCCUGUUUCCAGAACUUGGGCGUACCCUUUUGUUAAUUUGACUUCAAAGUGUCAUUUACCUACCGGAAACCAAAAAUAUGAAACUUGACUGACAAGUUCGGUUAAGUUUGAGUUUGGUUUUGUUUUUAUCUUUUCUGAUUUUGGGUUUACUUUAGUAGUUUUGUUAUCAAUUGUGUGUGAUGUUAUAAGAAGCUUAUUUGGGCAAAGCCAAGUUAACGAGUGAUGUAGUAGAACGUCUAUGGAAGAAUAGUCUUAUUAAGUUGAUCAAAUAAAGUAUUGUAACUUGCAAAUUUUAGGAGAAAUAUCUUCUUGA